AUGUUGGGCAAUUCACAUAUUUUAAACAAGAGUCAACAGCAGUCACCUCCGUUAUUACUACCAUCUCAGCAGCAGCAGCAGCAGCAGCAGCAGCAACAACAACAGAAUAAUAAUCAACAAUCUACCUCCAAUAAUUGUCAACCACCACCUCAAUUACCACGUCAAUCACCUCACAUUCAAAAUUUUCAAAAUUUUCAAACUCAACAUCAUCAACAUCAUCAACAACAACAACAACAACAACAACAACAACAACAACAACAACAACAACAACAUAAUUUACCUCGUCAUAUAAUCCAUCCACAUCAACAACAUCAUCAAGGUCAUUUACCUCCAAUACCUUCAUUACCGCCUCUUGGUCAAUAUAAUACUAAUAAAUCAUCAUCAAUUCAAUCAUCAUCAAUUCAACCAUCUUAUCAAAUCCCCCCACCCAUAAAUUCACAACAUCAUUAUUCUUUGCCAUCAUUAAGACAACCUUCACCAAUGACUCCAUCAUCAAAUUCUUCAGUAAAUACUAUUCAUGCACAUCACCAUUCAACUUCGAGUUUACCUAAUUUAACUCCAACUAUAACAAAUGCAACAAAUGCUACAAUUUCUUCAUCUUCAUCAACAGAAUCGCAAACUUCAAAUAAUUCAAAUAAUCAAAAGAAGACAAAAAGAAGUUUAAAAGGUCGUGUUUUCCAAUGUACUGGAUAUCCAGGUUGUAAUAUGUCAUUCACAAGAAGUGAACAUUUAGCAAGACAUAAAAGAAAACAUACUGGUGAACGUCCAUUUACAUGUCCCUAUUGUUCUAAAAAUUUCUCAAGAUUGGAUAAUUUAAGACAACAUAAACAAACUGUACAUGCAUAUGAAACAUAUUUAAAGAAGGAAAAUAAUCCAGAUAUGAAAACUAAAUCUAAAAAGAAAUCAAAAACAUCAUCGACACCUACAACGUCAUCUAGUAACUCAUCGAUAUUACCACCAUCUCAUUCACAACCUACUUUUACUCCAAUUUAUCAUAAUCAAUAUUAUAUGAAUCAUUCAUUUAAUCCACCACCGCCUCCACCACCUCCGCCUACAAAUCAAUCAAUAUCCUCAUCACCAUCAACAUCAACAUCGACAUCAUCUACAACAUCAUCUACAACAACAAUUCAACAAAAACCAUUACCGCCAUUACCUCAAGAAGAUAUUAGAUUUCCACCAACAAGUGAAAAAAAUAAACGAAGACCAAAUCCAUUAUUAUUACAUCAUUCAAAUUUAUCAGCUCCAUUAGAUUCUUCAAAUAGUCUUAAUUUUGAUAAUAAUACAAUUGGAUCAUCUACAUCAACUAUUUUACCAAUGGGUCCAAAAUCAGCAAGUUCAACAGUUUCAUUAACUCCCAAUCUUGCUUCUCCAUUAUCACCAAUUUAUAAAGCAGGUAUAACUGCUUCAAUGAGUACUCCACGAGCAUCAACAGUUACAAAUUCAACAACAACCACAAAAUCUCCAAUGAGUUUAUUUUCAACUACAUCUUCAAGUAAUCAAACAAUUCCAAGUAUAAAUAAUUUACCAAUUGACAGAAAUAUAAAUUAUGGAAAUAAUGAAAUUAGAAGUAAUUGGCUAAAAGGAGUUUUAAAUAAUAAUGAGAAGAAUAAUAAUCAAAUUAAAAAAGAUGAAGAUGGUGAUGAAAUGAUAUUGGAUGAUAUUGAAGAAGAAAGUAAGGAUAAAGAAAUAAAGAAAGAAAUUAAGAAAGAAGAAGAUGUUGAGGAUGAUGAUGAGAAUGAAGGUUGUAAUAAGAGAAAUAUGAAUAUUAAUAGUUUAAUAUCGUAA